GCGAGUGGAAAAGAGGGAGUGCGAAGUUUACUCCCUUUGGAAAGGGAGAGCAUUUCAUAAUCCUCCGAAUGAAUGUCUAGUCGCUACGUCCAGUUAGAUUUUUGAGGUGUAGCAAUUAUCAGAAACAGAGAUGGCAAUACCACGUCUUGGAAAGUUAAUUAAAAUCUUGAUACUUGCCUUAUUUCUAUAUGAGAAUACCACGUCGACUACUGUAGCACCAACAGAAAGUACGACCACUGAAAAACCAAUAGAGACUACAACCAGUGCAGCACCAGUGACUACGACAGGGCUAAUGGAAGCUAAUACAACAUCAACACCAGCUGAGACUACUACAAAUAACAGUCCAUCAGCUGAGGCUACUACAAAUAACAGUCCAACACCAACUGAGACUACUACAAAUAACAGUCCAACACCAACUGAGGCUACUACAAAUAACAGUCCAACAUCAGCUGAGGCUACUACAAAUAACAGUCCAACAUCAGCUGAGGCUACUACAAAUAACAGUUCAACAUCAGCCGAGACUACGCCUCCAAGUACUUCUACAUUUACGGGGACUACGGCGUUUAACAACAUGUCAUCUACAGUAAUCACGUUGUCAACCACAUCCACAACACAAGGGACUACGUUGAAACAACCCACGACAUCCGCUGUCACGUCAAUCACGAGCACAACCCCAAAAAUCUGGCAAUGGUUUUUUAAAAUGUGGGGAAAAAAAUUGUUGGCAAGAAUAGGUUUCGAAUCCACGCCAAAAAAGAGACUGGCCCAUACAUCCAAAGCCAUAGAUCACUCAGUCACGACUCCAGUACCGUCUAGAAUCUAGAUUGAAAAAAAAAAUGUAACGUUUAAAUUUUGUUUUUUCAAGUUCAAUUGAAAUUCUUUCGCCGUGGCCAGCGAUUUGUUUCAUUUCUUUUCGCUUCGAACUUUUUACGUUACCAGUUUGUUUGUUUCCUCAAGACUUCAAAUCCAGAACUGUACUAAGAAAUGAAGAAAAGAAAGUGAACACAGGUAACUGUAUCAAACAUUAGAUCGAAUUAGUUCUUUGACUGUUGUUUUGGACUUAUUAAUGUUUUUGACAUUUAUUUAAAAAUUUAUUUUUUUUUGUAACUUCAUGAAAUAGAUAAUACUCACAUAUAAAGAAAUAGGUAACACUCACAUAUAAAGAAACUGGUAAUACUCACAUAUAAAGAGAUGUGAUUUACUUACAUAUCUGUAUGAAAUCUGUAGAUCUGUUCCAUUAAGGUUCUGAUCGUAUUUUAUGGACAUACAUCACAAUAAGAACUUUAUAGGUUUUUAAAAACAAAUAGUUUCAGACUUAUUAAGGCCCUAAGCUAUUCCAGUUAUGGGACUCGUUAUAAGUUCAGAUAUUAUAUUUCAGUACAAAUUUGGAUUGUCAUAAUAAUGGCAAUGACUUCGAAAGUUUAAGGAUGGGUGAAGUGUAUCACAUUGCUAAGCAAACCCAUUCUUGUCCUGCAUAAUUUCCACAUCUGAUGCAGACAAAGCCUUCUGGGGUCUUCUGCGCCAGUCUUCUACAAGGGCUUUUCUUGUGAUUUGAAUCUGUGUGCCACGGCCUUCGUGAGAGCUUUCCAACUGUCUCUUUCAGGUACCAACAGCCGCCAGCUUCUUCCCUCUAUGCCACGGAGGGGAAAAUAGCACCUGAGUUGAUCUUUAUAGGUUCUCAGGUUCAAAUCUCGUUGAAGACUGGGAUUUUGAAUUUCGGGAUUCUUAGGACGCCCCUGAUCCCCCCCCCCCCCAACUCAGGCAAGUGGGUGUUCUAAGCUAAAGCUAAUGUCGCUUUUAGGUAAACCCAGCACCUGCUGUACAUAAAUCUGCUGUAGGAUUCUGGAAUGUAGCUCUAGGAACUGAAGUAGAAAAACAAGCAAAAUUUUAAAAAUACUUUAAAAAAACAAGGUUACAAAGACAGUUUGUGUGGAAACACAAACUCAGAAUCGGCCCCCGAAGUGGUUCACCCAGGCAGGCUUCAAUAUUUUCAGAAAGAACAUCCGAAUGAAAUUAUAUCAAAGACAAAUGACAGAUAACAAUGGAGAAAGAAGGUCGACAGAUCUUGUGUAAUGCCCCAUCGGUCCAGCAGAUGAAAGGAUAGGUGAAAGUGAAUGUAAAGUUAGAUGUGAACCUUGCCUAACUAGUUCCCCUUUCAGACCUUGUGGUCUAUAGGGCAGAUGAUGUAAAGUUCAUCUGUUUUGUGGCCUAUGGUUAACGAGGGUGUCAUGUAGCCAACGAUCAACCUUUACUUUUCCCCAACUAAUGUCAGGUACCCAUUAGAGCUGGGUGGACUCAGAGGCGCCCAAAGAUUCCGAAGUUGAAAAUCCCAGUCUUCACCAGGAUUCGAACCUUGGACCCCCAGUUCGGAAGCCAAGCGCUUUACCGCUCAGCUACCGCGCCUCCCCUGGCCUAACUGAAGUCUUAUAAUUCACGUAAUUGUUUUGAAAAGGCUCAAUCUCUUAUUCGAAUCCUCAAAAAUAGACAAAAAAAAAACAACUUUUGCAAUAAAAAUAUGACAAGAAAAUGCAGUUUACAAGAUUACUAUUCGUUUUAAAUUAUGUCUAACUUAUAAUGCAUACUAAAUAGAUUUUUAGUCUUGAAAAAAAGGAAACAUUUGUUUGUGUGUAAAUGUAGUACUUAGUACAUAACUUAACAAUACAAAUAUAAAACAAAAUUUUUUGACAAAACACGUUUGCAUAAAUGUGUUAAAAAUUUGGAAAACGGUUGUCUCCCCUAAUAAUGAGACUCAAGUGUUUGAGUGUUUAAUAGUUAAUAGAAAAAACUGCUUUCAUAAGUGAUUUAAAAAAUUAGAUUUUUCGCUUUCAGAAAAGAAAAAAGUAGCCGUUGCAUCAGAAAUAUUUUCACUAUCUUUUCUAGUUUACGAGAUCUAAACGGGAUGGACGGACGGACCGACAUUUCACACUAAUCUAAUAGCGUCUUUUCCCCUUUCGGGGGCCGCUAAAAAAAUCUUCUAUUAAGUUUAAAAAUAAGUUUGGAUCAGUCAUGUCAUUUCAUUUGUUAUAUAUCUAGACUAUAGCCUAACAAUAAUAAAUUUGUGCAAUUAGAAUUAUUUAUUUACCAAUUGUUUCUGUUUAACGCAGUUUCAUGCUUUGAGCUUUCUCAAUACGCUUUGAUACGCUUUGAUCCAAUCACAUUUCUGGAUCAGGUGGAAAGGGGUAGGGGAGAAAGAAAGGGUAUCUGGGUGAUCACUUUUUAAAUGUAUUUAUUUUAAUAAUUUUAUUUAUAAAGCGCUGU